AUGAACUACUCCGUUACCAUACGCUUUUUUGAUGAGUUUCGGGGAUGGAUGGGAUUUGUGUAUGAUCCGCAGGCCCUUGUCGCCGUGGAGUUCGAGCGACUUGCUCAUCUCCGAAAGUGGAAGAGAGGAUCCAAGACUUGGAAACGCCAGUGGAAGCGCGCGAUGGUAGACCAAAUGGCGGAUAGAACAGUCGCGUCUACUGGACAGGUCCUGAUUCCGAUAGCUACUCCUCUUUUGACCCCAUCUACCGGCCUGGAAUUUUUUGACGAAUUUCCCGGAUUCGUCUAUGAUCCCUUGGCACCCAUCAGCGAGGAGUUUGCACGACUUGGUCGCUUCCGCAAGUGGAAGGAGGGAAGCAAGACUUGGAAACGCCAGUGGAAGCGCGCCAUGGUUGUUGUCAUGAACAAAUACAUGGUUGAUCAAACGGGCCAAUGCACUGGAAAAGCUCCGACUCUCGGCGAGUGGCAGGCUAUGUGCAAGCUUGUUGGACUUGAGAAUAUUCCUCUGUCUAUUACCCAAUGCCGCAAAGCGCUGACACGCAUCCAUGUCAAUAUUGUUGAUGCUCUGGACUGCUUGGUAACAAGUAAGCUGCCCCCACGGUUUGGCAGUCGCUCAGAGCUCGCCGAGUACACGCAAGAUACCCAUAGGCAGACCAAGACCGAGAACAUGAGGACAGAAUUCAGUGCAAAAUUUGACAGGCGUGUGGUGAUAACUGCGCAAAUUGGGAAUUUUACAGACGAAAUGUAUGAGGAGAAAGAAGAAGUUAGUGAAUAA